CAUACUUCCACAAUGACCGGAUUACUUUUGCUCCUUCUGAUCGUCUUUGCUUUCUCUACGGCGGAGGAACACACUGUAAAUGAAUUAUUCUCAUUAAUUGGGACAACGCCAGAAAAGACAGGGCAUGGCGGACAGUCAGAACCACCACAGAACGACAGCAGAGUAGGUGGAAAGGACCUUGCAUUACCCAUCAACGAGCUGCUUGGACAAAACAAGAAAUCCGGGGACCCCAAAUACACACUUCACCCCUUACCUGCGGGAGUGUGGCCAAAGCACACCGACUUGGUGCCUAUUCCUCGGCUGGGGCCGCACGGCAAAAACAAGAAGGCUUCGAAAGCGGACCGUUUACCAGUUGAGCACAACAGUGAGAAGAACCGAGGGGACGGACGCGGUCACAUUCCUAUUCUGCACCCCAAAAUCACACCUAUUACCGUGAACCGUACUCACAAAAACGUACCGGAGAGUGAACAUCAUUCUAAUAACAAUCCACCACCAAGUGACACUGACAACAACCACAAUUCAAGGUCUCGUAACACGCAACCGACCUCCAACACGCGGAAAGACCGAGACCCCCCAAACCGGCGUCUUGACCCCGAGGAGAACCGUCCCGGGAAGUCUAGUCUCACGACCGGGGGCAAUCUAAACAACACCCGACCCUUUGUGCUGUACAACCGCCGCUCCUCCAGCUUGCUGUACCACUUCGACAUCCUUAAAAGAGAGUCAGACUUCAGUCAAGAUGCCGUCUGUUUGAGUGAAUGCAGAAAGGAGAGAGAUGAGAGGGAACAUUACUGUUACAGCGAGUUUGCCAUCAACGGCAUUGUUCACGACAUUGAGAUCCUGCGGAGAGGAAUCCGGCUCAUCACCCUCCUGGUGAACAGCGAUGGCUUCUACAAGAUGAGCCGCCUGUACGUCACCCCCGACAGCUACUUUUUCAAAGUACGCAUCCUAGUUCUGGACACCUUCAAGUGCUCAAAACCCUGUCCAGACUUCAAACUGGGGAGCAGGUAUGUGGUCAUGGGGCAGAUCUACCACCGGCGCCGCCACCUGCCCAGUGACCUCCUGGCCAUCGUCGGGGGCAAGCUCAAGCCUGGCGACGGCCUGCUGCGGAGCAGCAACUACGUCAAGAGGUACAACAAGAGGAGGCACCAGAAGACCCAGGAGGCCAUGCGCUCAAAGUGCCGGUGAGCGGAGCCUCUUCACCAGCGCCGCCAACUGCACAGGAGGACUCAUUGCAGCUUUGGUGUAGAAAAAAAACAGACUUUUGGUCCUUUUAAAAACACAAAAUCCAUCAUAAUCACACAAUAUUGUCUGAAAGGAGACAAGGGAACAUGUCUCAAUGCUUGUUUGAGCAUUAGUAGUUGACUCUAAGCCAGAGGUUUCGCUUGCUGUAAAAUGCUUGUUUUGUUGCUUGACUUCUUUGGGAGAAAACCUGGUGGAGUAGACAGUUUGAGUGACAACGGUCCGACACAACAUUCAGUUUUGCCAUCAUUCAGUUUACUCUUGUAAGGUUUUAGGUUUUGUAAGGUUUUAUUUAAAAACCCAAAACUUUUCAGAUCACAUUGAUAUCCAGGUAUUUAAAGGCAUUAUUGUAAGGAUAUUCAAAGAGAUAAAACAACAACAGUAACACUUUCCAGAAAUAAUGUAAUAUUUUGGCUUGCUCCCCCCAGGAAGGAAGAUCUUAUGUUUAAGUAAACAUGGAGCAACAAAAACUCUAUCCUAAUGUCCAGCUUUUCCAGAUGCUUAGCCCAGGUCACUCUCUGAAUGUAGGCUAUUAUUUUAUACUUUGGAGGUAUUAGUAUGCGUUAUUAGAGGUUACUUGAGACUUCUAAGGCGAAAGUUGGACUGUGGGUGCCUGGUGGUGGGGGAAGAUUCUCUGGUCACACCCCUGUUGGUCUGAGGGGAGCUGGGAAUUCUCUUGCAGAAACAACAAAGCUCUCUUAUUUAUUCCUGUCAAAAUGCUGUUGCCUUCUGCUUUUGGUUUUUCUUUUUACGCCUCCUAUCAGAAUCCAGGAAAUGCACUGUUACAUUAGAGGAAAGUGUGUGUGUGUGUGUGUGUGUGUGUGUGUGUGUGUGUGUGUGUGUGUGUGUAUAUGUGUCUGUCUGUGUGUGUGUGCAUGUGUGUGUAAAGCUGUGUCUUAAAGGAGGAGUAGGAGGGCAAAGAGGACUCUAGGUGAUGGUGAUGGCGAUGAGAAUUGGACAAGCCCGAAAGUGGUGGCAAAAAAAACAUCCACUGAAAUACAACUCCAUUUCGCAAGAGGGUCCCUUUCGACAACAUGUAAUGUAGUGGCCACCUUGAAAUGUUCACCCGCGAGAAAAAACUCGACCUCAAACGCAGAUGGAAAGAGAGAGUGGGGAGGUUAUGGGUGUGUGUGUGUGUGUGUGCGUGUGGAGGGGGCACAACUGUAUUAAGGGUGUGUGUGUGUGUGUGUGUGUGUGUGUGUGUGUGGAGGAAGGCCGUAAAUCUAAUCUAGGUGUAAUCUGAUCCCCUCUGCACCUGGCCGCUUGAAGGCAAGCGAGGGGAGGGGGGUAAAGAAACCAUCCAGGGGCUUUGGGGCCAAGCAGGGAAGGGAGAGGUAAUGCCACCUACGGCACCAUGUUUGUCCUCGUCCCCCGCCUACCCAACGCCACCACCACCACCACCACCCCAUUCCCUCUCUCUCACACGCUCUCACAUGCACGCGCACACUCUCUCUCCCUCCCUCCCUCCCUCCCUCCCUCCUGCACAAAGAAACCCUUCGGAGCUCAAAGGAGGUAUUUGAGUCGAGGGAAACCGGAGGGAAGGGGAGAGAGAGAGGGAGGGAGAAAGAGAGGUGAAGAAGAAGGGAUGGAUGGAGGGAGUGAUGGAGAGAGAGAGAGAGAGAGAGAGAGAGGAGGGUUAUGUAAAUGGCAUGGGGAGAGGUGGAGGUGGGGGGAGAGGAAGGUGAGAGUGAGAACCAGAGCCUUUUGCCCUGUCCGCCCCCUGAGGCCAUAAGGGCUUUAAUCGCAAGAGGAAAGGAAAAGAGAGGAGAGGGUUGGGGCUCCAGCAGCCUUCGUCUCCCUGGCAUGGAGGCCACGGUCCCGGGCGUCCCCUCGCUCCCCGGGCGUCCCCUCUCGCUCCCCUGGGCCAGAUAGGAGCCCGUGCUCCCGGGGGGCUAUGGAGCUCGUCAUUUGCACUGCGGCUGCACACGUUGAUUUUUUUAUUGUAAAAUGAUAUAUGAAUAUAUAUAUAUAUAUAAUAAUAAUAAACGUUUAUGGUUUCUUCUU